UCUUCCUAAGCGGCAUCGCAGAAUACCGGCUUAGAAGCACUCGAGUACCCGAAGGCAGAUAUGAAGCGUUCUGUUGGUCCUUUGGACAAGCGUAGGAGAAUCUCCCGCUGUCAGCCCUGUGCCAAGAGGCGCAUAAAGUGCGAGGGAGGUUGUCCCUGCCAAUAUUGCAUCCGUACAAACAAAGCAUGUCAACCCCAAAAGCCUGCACCACACAAAGCUGAGUUCGUCGUCAUGCAAGACCCCUCAUCUGCAUAUCAAACAACGAUGCCCGCCCAAGCACACAAGCUCAGAGAUGACAUUUAUUUGGAUCAUUUUGUGUCUUUCAUUCAGAGAUGCCAGUUCACGAGAGGGUUUGCAUCAGCCACAGCCGACAUUGUACGGCGCAUUCAUACAUCACAGUCACUUCGUGACCUGACUCUCGCCAUUGGCGCCUUGGAGGCUAGCAGGACACCCUCUGUCCGCUGCAGCCUCUUGCGUGAUUCCCCACUAUACAUUGCCUUCAGCUUCUAUGGCAAAUCAAUGCAGACACUGAACCACAAGUUGGAGACUACUGACGCAUUACAUUGCGAUGAUGUCUUGUGGAGCACAUUUCUACUCGGAUUAUUCGAGUUGAUGACCGAAGCCUCUGGAGAGCAAUGGGCCAAACAUAUGCUGUACGGAACGUCCAUGAUCUUUCAGUUAGGAGGUCCCAAAAAACGACUCUCGUCAGUAGGAGAGCAACUUUUUUCCGCAUUCCGGGUUCUAGAAGCCCAUAGAGCAAUCAUAUAUGGGGACCACACGUUCCUCUCACAGGAUUUGUGGAUAAAAUACCAAGCAACCCUGGCUACCAAGCCACCAGAACACAAUGAGUCAAUACUUGAGAUCAUGAUUCGAAUAUCUUCAUUUACUCAACGACUCUUUGAGACUAUGGAGGCCGUACCGGAUCCCAUCAGAUCUGCCCAUCCAGAGAUUGAUGCACUUACUCGCGAAGGGGUUCAUCUACUGCAGCAGUUAAGAACUUGGCACGACGAGACUACAUUGCACGAUAAUGGUCUAGACACUUAUUCGAACUUGGCCCUUGCAAAUUAUCAUGCUUUGGUUCUAUUUCACUGCGGAAAUUUCACCUAUUACUCGGGGUGGGAAAAGAACAGCAGUCUACUUCUAACCAAGGUGGAGAUCAACGAGCAUAUCGAUGCCAUAAUAUCUUUGUCUGGAUCAAUACUUGAACAGUCAACUAUUCCCGGCGCGUUGCUGUUGUUCGGUCUAAGAGUGGCUGGAGCGAACUCUUCCUUGACAGGCCACAAGGACAGCAUUAGCGCCAUGCUCUCCCAAAUACACCAGAAAGGAUUUGUUGUUUCUGAUCGGAUCAAAAUCGACUUGGAAGAGUUUUGGAAGUACCAGUUGUUACUCAAGAACUAAUUGUAGCCAUUGGAUAGCACUCUGUGAGCAUGUACGCUUCGGUUCUGUUCAAGUUCAUAAUAGUUUAGCCAAGACAAAAAC